AUGACAGAUACUUUUUCACUUGAACAAAUUCGUCUUGAACUUGCUCGAUUAGGAUAUGAUGGUUUAUCAAAACAAACACUUUCAAAAUUUCAAAAUGAUCUCGAAGAACUUGCUCGAAAUGAAAAAAAUCAAAAUAUGCAUGAGACAAAACGAUUUGUUCCUCAACAACAAUCUAAUGUUGAUUUUAAAAUUCAUCAACCAAGUUCAUCAGAUAACGAAUUUAAUCGAAAUGAUGAUGAUGACGAUAAUGAUGAAAGUCUUGAUGAAACUAAUACACCAACUAUAUCAAGUUAUCAUUAUCAACCACGAAUAAUACAUGAAGAUGAUAAUCGAAGUGAUACAUCGUCACAAAGAGUUAUUAAACGAAAAGUUCUUCGACAUUAUAAUGGUAAAGCAACUGUAUGUGAUGAAUCAAGAUCAGAAACGGGUUCUGUACUUGAUUCACGUGAUAUCAGUUAUUUGAAUGAACUUCAAAAUCAACCUAAACAAAUUCGUCGACGAAAUGGAUCAGUAUCAGAUAUUGAUAAUCGCUCAAAUUUUAGUGAUGAUGCUCGAUCAACAUCAUCAGUUCUUCCUAUCAAAUCAUUUAUUCGUCCAUCGACAGCUUCAACUGCAUCUCUUCGUCGUUCUCGUAGUUUUUCAAAUAAUCGUAUAGAUACAGUUCAACUUCAUUCAUAUUAUCGACAACAAUGGGCAUCACAACGAGCACCAGGAGAAAAAUCUCAUCAAAGUUUGCGAUGGGCAAUUCGUGAUCAACUUUUACAAAAAGAUGUUCCUAUUAAAAGAAAAUCUAUGCCUCGUGUGAAUAAUUAUGUUGUACCAACAUCAAAAAAACGUUCAGCACUUCGUUGGAAUGUUCGAUAUUCACUUGCAAAUGGUUUACAACCAUCGAAAGAUUUAGAUGAUUUACUUUACUGA